AUGGUUACAAAUAAGGCUGAAAGGUUAGCACGUACCUUGGAUCUAGCUGAAGUGACACAAUUUUUUAAUUUGUCCCCACAGGUACAAGAGCAAGAUCAACGAGCCCAAAAUCAAGAAUAUCAAUGGGCCCAAAGACAACAAGAUCAACGGAUUCAACCACAAUGUCAAUUUAUCCAAACAUUGAUUCAUGAUUAUUCUACACAAAGUUUGCUAUUUGAACAAAAACAACGUUGUGAUCUAAAAAUUCGAGUAUCAGAUACACAAGUGUUUGAAGUGCAUUCCACGAUUUUAUAUGUACGCUCUUCCUUUUUUCAGGAAGUUCUGUCAACUAAUAAAGUUGAAUAUGAAAUUUCUAUACCAGAUGUUUCACCACAAUGUUUUAAAACCUUAUUAAAGUGA